AUGAAAAUAUUCUUAUUAAUAUUAUUUGUUAUUAGUUCUGGACAGACAUUUUUAUAAGACUUUCAUAAUUGGGUUUAAGAAAAUUAAGACUUAUUAGAUGGAUUUGUAGAAGAUUCAAAAAAUCCGAUUGAUGCUUUUUAGCUAUAAUAAGUUGAAUUAAAUGGAAAAUAAUUUAUUUCUUUAACAAACGGAUGGUUAAGUUAAGAAACUUUUGAUAGUAGUUAUACUAAACAAUACUUUACAAUAAUUACAUCCAAAUUGGCUCUUUUGGCAGUGGAUGUUAGAGAAAAUAUAAAAUUUGUGAUUGAUAAAGAAUAAACUAAUCCUUAAGUUGUAAUGUUUGAAUAAGAGAAUUAUAGAGGAAUGAAUAUUAAAACGAAUAGUUAAAAUAGAUUAGUAAUAUACCCAAGAGUAAAUGAAGUAGUAUCAUAAAAGUAAUAGGAGAACAAUCAAAUAAUCGAAUUUUCAAACAUAGAAGAAGAGUAAUUUCUUAUUUAUAUAUUAUAUGGAACAGAAACAGAUCUUAGAGAUGCUUAGAGUUUAUUCAAUUUCAUCACUGAAUUCAUUGAAUUGAUAGAAUCAAAAUAACCUCCUAAAUAUAAGUAAUGCAAACCUAAAAGUGGAAACAAAAAAAAAUCAACAAAGUCAGGUUCAAAAUAAGCUCAAAAAAAACCUUAGUAAAGUGGCAAAGCUGGAUAAUCAAGAGGAAAUUUAAAGGAUAAAGAUAAUAAUGAGAAAUUAAAAUAAUCUUCAUUGAAGGAUCAUUAAUAAUAAUAAGGAGAUGACUUUAAUAAGAAAAUUGAAGAUCUAGAUGAUUCUGGAUUAUAAUAGAAUGAAUCAUAAUCAAAUAAUAAUGACUAAUUAAGAGAUUAGGAAAACGGUAAAGGAAAGGGAGAUAAUGCAUCAGGAACAGGUGUAGAUAAUGAUGGAAUAGGAGCAGAUGGAUAAAAUGUUAAUAAGUCUGGAGAAGGACUGAAUGAUGAUAAUGGUGAUGGCAAUAGUUAAGGAACAUCUGAUGGUGGAAAUGGAAAAGCAGAUGGAGCAAACGAUGGUAAAGGAGAUGGUUCUGAUAAUGAUAAAGGGGAUAAUGGAUUAGAUAAUGGAAACGGAAAUGGAAAUAAAAAUGGAGAUGGAUCAAAUCCAGGAAAUAAAGAUGGUACUGAUGGAGAUGGUUCAGACGGAAAAGGAGAUGGCUCAAAUGGGAAAGAAGAUGGUUCAGAAGGGGAAAUAGAUGGCGUAGAUGGAGAAGGAGAUGAUAAAGAUGGAAAAGGAGAUGGAACAGGCGGAGAGGGAGAUGACGCAAGUGGAAAAGGAGAUGGUACAGGUGGAGAUGGAGAUGGAGAUGGAGAUGGAGAUGGAGAUGGAGAUGGAACAAAUUCAAAUACAGGAGAUGGUUCUGAUGAUGGGUCAGAUAAUUCAUAGGAAUAAGGAUCCGGUAAUGAUAAUGGAAAUGAUGAUGGAUCAUAGAAUAAUCAAAAAGAUGAUGAUGGUAGUAAUAGUGAUGCCGAUUAAAAUAAUAAUAAUAAUUAGAAUUUACAGGAUGAUAACGAUGAUAAAAAUUCGAAGUGCGUGAACUUGUAUUCUGAAUGUUAUUUCAGCGGAGAUAGUAUUGAAUUAUGUGGUAGUCAUGCUGAGAUAACAGAUAAGCUUUAGAAUUUUAAAAUUAAAUCAAUAGAAAUGGAUGAUGGUAUAGAAGUUUCAUUCUUUGGAGAGAGCCAUUUUGAAAAUCAGGUCAUCACCAUAACUGAUGAUGUAGAAUGUUUAGAUAUCCCAAUAAUAUUGAGUCCAACAGACAUUGAAGAAUUGAUUCAGAUUUUAAAAUGA